GAUUAUACACAUACACACACAUACAUCUCGUGCAUUUUGGUGAGAAAAUGUUGGAUUCCAUGCCGUGGCUUCACUUCAUACGGUCAGUUGAAGACAGUGUUAGAGACUCUGCCAACUGUUUGAACGGUGGAAUAAAGUAUUUCCUGUCCCAAAAUAUUGGAGAGAGAAAAUAUUUGAAUGGAAACAACUUAUUUCUUGCUCAUCUUUUACAGAGUCAGUCGAAGCUUUCAGCAGAUUACAUCUCCGCGGAAUACCAAAGUAGUUUACGGGAAGUGACAAGUGAGGGUCGCUUAUCUUCUUCAGCAUUCGAGACGCAAGGAGCAGCUAGACUAGCAACUCGUUCCCACGAAAGGAUGAAAGAAGCUUUUUCACACAGCAAGACGGCAACCAAUGUAAAGGAGAGAAUACAACAGCGAAAUGCUUCAUUCAAGGAACCUCCGGAGCCGGGUAACGGUGCUUCUAUGCGAAACCUUGUUACAAUAGGUAUUGUCGCUUCCUUGAGUUCGGGAAUUCUUAGAAGCAUCGCCAACUUACACACCUACGGUCUUGAAAAGUUACACCACUGGAUAGAAAGUAGACCAGCAGGAAUGCCUCUUCUAACAGUUGCUAAUCAUCGAAGUACGAUGGACGAUCCAUUUCUUGUGUCUUCAAUAAUACCUUUUAGAGACUUAUUUCGACCACAGUAUGUUCGUUGGGGUUUUUGUGCAGUCGAUAUGUGUUUCACGAAUCCAUUGUUUUCGCGCUUUUUCAAUAAUGGCAAAGUGUUACCAAUUAGAAGAGGUUGUGGACUCAAUCAAAAAGAGAUAUAUACUGCUAUUGGCAUGUUACAAAAGGGAGACUGGGUUCAUGUGUUUCCAGAAGGAAAAGUUUGUCAGAAGAGUUUAGGACUCAUUCGUAGAGGGGUUGGAAAAAUGAUUGCUGUAGCGAAAGAGCGUUUAGGUUUUGCACCGAUUAUUGUUCCAAUUUAUCACGAAGGAAUGGAAAACGUGAUGCCACAAAGGCGAGAGACCAAUGAACUUGUCAGUAUCCUGCCAUUUUCUGGACAUGAUGUAUAUGUCCUUGUGGGUGAUCCUAUUGGAAUUGAAGAUAUUUUAGAAAAGUACAAAAACAUUCUGUCUUCUCCUGAUGAGGGACCCAAAACAAUGGAGGACACGCCGGAACGUAUAAAAAUGUACGAAGAAAUCUGUGACCGAAUAUCAUUUACCCUUUCAAACCUUAGACAAGAAUUAAGACGUAAAGUAGCAUUAGAGGAAGGCAUUUUACUGGGAAGCAUUUUUGGUAAUGAGUUUUAGUACCACGGUUUCCCUUUUGAAAAAGGGUUAGGAGACAAGUAAUCAAUGCCUGAUAGCUUAGUACUUAUUGUAGUGUAGCAUAGUUUUUUGGUGAAAUCGUACAAAUAACUAAAUUGGACAGAAAGGAACGAACACGUCGAUUUCGGUGGGCACGCAAGAAGGGGCCAUUUUGGCGCUCUUCAAGACAAUUGUUAUUUGGCCACAUUUCCGAAAAUGGGUUGUCCGUUUUAAAGUUCGUCUUUUUCGUUUCGCGCUUUUUGGCACUUUAAGGCACCAUUAGUUUUAUUCGGACGUUUCGUAUAUCGGAGAUUUUCUUUUUCGC